AUGAUCUUCACAGCAGAGCAGGUGGCAUGUGUUUGUGAGGUUCUUCUGCAGAGCGGUUGCAUGGAUCGCCUUGCUGGCUUUCUGCACGCUCUUCCUUCUCCCUUUUCUUCCUGCGCCUCCUCCUCUUCCUCCACCCCUCACCCCUGGGAGCUUGAGAGUGUGCUGAAAGCUAAAGCUGCAGUGGCCUUUCACCAAGGCCGCUUCACUGACCUCUACACCCUGCUGGAGGGCUUCCCCUUCUCCACAUGCAGCCACCCACUCCUGCAGCAGCUCUGGCUCCGAGCCCACUACAUCGAGGCUGAGAGGCAAAGGGGCCGACCCCUGGGAGCUGUGGGGAAGUAUCGUGUGAGGAGAAAGUUUCCUCUUCCAUACACCAUCUGGGAUGGAGAAGAGACCAGUUAUUGUUUUAAGGUAGGCAAAAUCUCAUCUUCUGGGUGAUCCUGGAUGUGCUUUUCCACCUGCUAUUUGGCUUUUUAGGUUAAAUUUUAUUCAAAACUUACCAUACAGUACAGCUUUUUGUUGUGUAAGUCCUGAAACUAAAGAAUAUCUCAAAUUGUAAAAUGUAAAAAGGACAAAACAGUCAUACCUUUCCCAAGAAGACAGAAUUCCUAACAACCGCCCUGUUUAGCUGGGUUAAUAAGCACACACUUGUCUGCUUCUCUGUCUUUGUAUAUUUUGUGUUUGAGUAAGUUAUGGCUCUGUGAUUAUGGACUCAACUUUCUCGCAGGAGAAAUCACGGAGUAUACUCAGAGAGUGGUACAACUCUAAACCUUUUCCAUCCACUCGGGAGAAACAGGAGCUGGCAGCGGCCACUGGACUGACCACCACACAGGUCAGCAACUGGUUUAAGAACCGCAGGCAGAGGGACCGGGCGACGGAUAUUGACGGGUCAGUAAGAAACAAUUACUGCUGGUUUUGAUUGGCAUACACAGAAAUGUUAAGUUAAAAGUAGCAAAACUGUUUUUAAAAAUUAAUCAAUAAUUUUUAAGCACCGGCUUGUGUGAUCCAUUAUUAGUUUUAGAUGUAAAAGAAAGAAGAAACAAGACAAGAGUAAUAACAAAGCAGCACCCUUAUGUGGUUAAAUUAAAACAAUGUUUCAGUGUUUUAUUGGAUGAAAUCAGAUAAUUAUUACAUGUUUCUUGUGCUCCACCUCUUUAUUCAGUUUGGUAUCCUGCUCGGUAAGAACGUUGGGGGAAAUCUGCUCUUCGUUUGACAACGACCCUUCACCUCCUCGCAGCCCACAUCCUCCACCACCACCUCUCUGUCACCUACCACCUUCUCUGCAUCACAUAAACAGAGCCCUCAAAUGAGUCUGUCCCCUUUUAACCUGCUUGUGUAAACUGAUGAAAUCUUUCAACCUCUGAAUUAAAUCAAUUCAUUUUACCACCAGUAAAACAUUAUUUGCAAAUAAUUACCAAAACAUGAAUGUGCAGGCAUUGUUGAUAAAGACGCCAUGGUUCCAUGCUGGCAUAGUGUUCUCCUUAUUGAAAAAUUGCUACACCUUCUGUGAUAACAUCAGGUUUUACUGUCUUUGACUUCCUCAUGAUGCAUCAAUAUUAAGAUACAUUGAAUAAAACCGCUGUUUCUUACCUGUAGAUGUUUUCAUGCACUUUUUGCCUGGUUCAUGUCAACAUUUGUCGGAUUUUCACACAUACCGCGCAGGAUAACCAUAGAGUAUAUCCAGCAUCUAAAUACAGCAGGUCACAAGGCCAAAAGAUCCUCAUUGCUGAUGGAAAUCUCAAC